CGCGCGGUUUACCGACUAGGUGCUACCGUGUGCGCGUCUUCCCUGGUGUACGUCACCGUUUUCUCUCGCGUGCUGAGUCGUAUGUGUAUGGCCGCGCGCGUAUUCAGUUGAGGCCAGCAGGGCGCCCGUGUCGGCCGCAAGAGUGGUCACCGCGCGGAUAAACGUUAAUACAGUGUUUUUUUUUUAUUUUGACAAAUUUGGCAUUUUGUUGGGGAUUUUUUUAGGACGACAGGAUGACGGAGGAGGACAACACGUGCGAGGACUCGUUGGGGUCGGAUGCCACCACAGCAUUUGCCAAGAGGCUCAGGGGCCGCAAGGGGGCUUUGAAGAAGAAGAAUGUUUACAUGAUCAAGGAUCACAGUUUUAUGCCGAGAUUCUUCAAACAGCCGACCUUCUGCAGCCACUGCAAGGAUUUCAUAUGGGGUUUUGGAAAGCAGGGAUAUCAGUGCCAAGUCUGUAGUUUCGUCGUUCACAAACGAUGCCACGAGUACGUCACCUUCACGUGUCCUGGGGCAGACAAGGGCGCCGAUUCAGACGACACACGGACGAAGCAUCAUUUCAAGCAACACACCUACAACAGCCCCACCUUCUGUGACCACUGCGGUAGCCUUCUCUAUGGUGUCAUCCACCAGGGCAUGAAGUGCCAAGCAUGUGACAUGAACGUUCACAAGAGGUGCGAGGAGAGCGUGCCCAAUCUUUGCGGAUGCGAUCACACCGAGCGACGAGGCCGCAUAAAUCUCAACAUUUCCUGCGCGGGAAACAAACUCAACGUAGAAGCAUGCCGACGUCAUUCCAUCCAAUUACUGAUUUUAUUUUUUAUCCAUGAUUGUUGUAGAUCGCAGUCGAUUAGUUGCAGUGAUCUGAAAUCGGAGGACAAGGAUAGGCGAUUAUUGAUAGAAAUUUGGGACUGGGAUCGAACGUCGAGAAAUGACUUCAUGGGUUCAUUAUCAUUCGGAAUAUCUGAAUUGAUGAAGGCACCGGUAACAGGGUGGUUCAAGCUGCUUACACAGGAAGAGGGAGAAUUUUAUAACGUACCAGUGCCCGAGGAAGGGGUAGAUCUUGCUGAGCUUAAAACUAAGAUGCGGAAAACAUCGGUGACAAAGAAGGCACCGAUGACGCAGCAAGAGAGGGAUUUACCACACAAUAUGGGAAAGAGUGAUCUGAUAAGGGCGAGUGAUUUCAAUUUUCUCAUGGUUCUUGGAAAAGGAAGCUUUGGAAAAGUAUUACUCGCUGAAAGAAAAGGCUGUGACGAGCUUUAUGCUAUAAAAAUAUUGAAGAAGGAUAUCAUAAUACAGGAUGAUGAUGUCGAGUGUACGAUGGUGGAGAAGCGGGUGUUGGCAUUGUCACACAAACCUCCAUUCCUGGUUCAACUUCAUUCCUGCUUUCAGACAAUGGAUCGACUGUACUUCGUAAUGGAAUACGUGAAUGGCGGAGAUCUCAUGUUCCAGAUACAACAGUGCGGCAAGUUCAAAGAGCCCGUGGCAGUGUUUUACGCCUCAGAAAUAGCUAUUGGUCUAUUUUUCCUCCAUUCUCGUGGUAUUGUGUACCGCGACUUGAAGCUGGAUAAUGUCCUGCUGGAUCAGGACGGUCAUAUCAAAAUUGCUGAUUUUGGAAUGUGCAAAGAAGGAAUUCUGGGGGACCGAACGACUAAAACAUUCUGCGGAACACCUGAUUAUAUUGCUCCUGAGAUAAUACUCUACCAGCCGUAUGGGAAAUCCGUUGACUGGUGGGCGUAUGGAGUUUUACUGUAUGAAAUGCUCGUUGGACAACCGCCUUUUGAUGGUGAAGACGAGGAAGAACUGUUCGCUGCUAUCACCGAUCAGAGCGUUAAUUACCCAAAAAGUCUAUCGAAAGAGUCCAAAGAAGCAUGCAAAGGAUUCCUGACAAAGAAUCCAAAUAAAAGAUUGGGUUGCGGUAGUCGCGGUGAAGAUGAUGUACGUGGUCAUGCUUUCUUCCGACGCAUCGACUGGGACAAAAUUGAAAACCGUGAGGUCCAGCCUCCAUUCAAGCCAAAAAUCAAACACAGAAAAGAUGUGAGUAAUUUCGACAAGCAAUUCACAUCGGAAAAGACAGACCUAACCCCAACCGACAAACUAUUCAUGAUGAAUCUGGAUCAAACGGAAUUCCUCGGCUUCUCAUAUUUAAAUCCGGAAUACAUACAACAUAUUUAAAUAAUCAUAACAAUUAGCAUUCGAAUCUCUCUUCAUCUAUCGUCAAACGACAAAUAUCAAAUAUCAGUCUCCUCCGAAUUCCUCUGACUUUUCCGUUCAUACCAAGAACCAAAAGACCCUCUGCACCAAUGACGAGAAUAAUCUAUACUCCAACAUUUGAUGGACAAGAAUAAGAAAAAGAGGACUCAUCUUCUUUCUCGCUCCAAGAAGCUCUCGCAAAAUGAGGGUAUUUUAAUUAAUCGUCGUCGACCUAUCAAAGCAAAAUGACAACCAAAAUUUUAAAUUUUAAACUUCGUUCCGUGUUACUUAUUACUGUGUAUACUGACAAUUUUAAUGUAUUUUCGAUUAUCGGGAGUGAGCGGCACGCAUUCGCUCAGCGAUUUUAUUUUCCUGGAUUCAAGUAUUCGUGAUCCGAUUUGAACCUCAGAAUUAUACACUAUAAAUCGUAAAUUAGGAUAUUUCAAUGAGAAAGAUUAUGGAAUGAUGAAAUGAAGUGAGAAAAGCAACGCGAGUGGAUCGAGAAUAUAUAAUAUUAAUAGGAGGGAAAGAGAACUGUUGGGGAUGAUGAUGUGAGGAGCGUAAAACGAGACAAGUAGGUUUGAUGGAUUCAAUUAAACAAGUAAUAAGAGAUGUAUGAAUAAACAGUCUUCGUUUUUCCGCGUAUUAUGCAUUUACUUGGGUAGUUUCUACUGUCGCCUUCCAGAGUUAUAUACAAUAUACGUAUUACUGAAUGAAUGAAUAUACAAUUAUAUUUGCAAUUUGUCGUGGACUCGAAUGGCAGGUCCACAAAGUAGUUGAAUGGGAGAAAAACGUAAGGAAAAUGACACUGAUUUAAUGGUGAAGCCAAGUGUUGGGGCUGCAAAUGAAUAAUGAUAAACGAAAGAGUACUCGACUCGGACGAAAGAUGGUCGAAGAAGAGCGAGAAAGAUCGAGAUUGUGAGGGGUAAAUAGUCUGACCGAUGAGGGGAGAAGGAAGUUAAUGAAAAAUUCGGAGAAGUGGAAUAUGCACUAGAUUGAAAUCACAACAAAUGACAACAAAUAACUAAAAACUUGAGUGUCUAUCACUCAAGGCAUGGAAUAAUUUCAGGUGUGUAAACCCCUCAGGUACGGAAUAAAGAAUCGAAAAAACAUGAUAAAUAAUGUCUUUUGAGUGGGUGGCACCGAUGGAAACUAUACAUUUCGUAUUUUUUUAAGCGCGACGUCACGAUUGUACAUACACCACACACAUCAAACACGUAGAGAAAAAACUGCGACAGCAGGUGAAAAGGUGAAAAAAAAAUCAAGAGUCAUAGAGAAUUUAUUUAACACUUGAUUACACGAUUAUUUAUUCGCUGACGUUGAGGAGUAAUUCUCCAACAAAGGGACAGCAUAAUCAAAUUGGCUGUGGACAUAAACUCGAGUUGGAUGGGACGAGGUUCACGGGGGAUUGAAUAUAACACGUAAAACCCAUUAAAAAUCAUGAAAAAAUUACGAGUACAGAUGGUGAAAUUGAUCAAUCUGCCAGACGAAUAGCUUCGAGACAAUUUGGAAAAAAGUAAUGAGGUUAAUAACCCCGAGGGUUAUUUACAAUUCUCAAUCUUUCCCUCCCCCUCUCUACCUCCAGACCCUCUGUCUAACUCGCUCUUUCGCUUAUUAAUCUCUAUUCUUUUUAUACACUAGUGUCCCGACGUUAUCAUCGGCGUGUAAACUCCACUUUACGAGAGUCUUAAGUAUUUUUGAUCUUAAUUAAUUGUUAGUCACUGAAGAUAAUUCCAAGUUUUCCAAUUUUCAUGUUAAAUAUCCAUUUAUUCAUUUACUAACUCAAUAUAUCUGAAUUUAAAUAGAUAAAUUCAGUUUUCAGUGAUUGUUGAUUAAUUAAAAAUAUUAGUACGUAACAAUGAGAAUUAAUGAGAAUGGGGGUGAGAGAAAAAUAUAAAUGAAUCUCUCGCAAUGGGUUUUAUCGUCGAGUGCGUCUCAUUUUUUCUCUCCCAAUAAUGGAUAAUUGAUUGAUAAUAGAAUAUCGGUACAAUAGUUGAUUGAUAAGUUUCAUGAAGAUUGUCUAUAAGUUGGUAAAAGGUGAAACGCAAUUCAGUGAUGAUGACAUUAUUCACUCCAGUGAACGAUGAAAAUAGAGCGUGAUAGCUGGAAUGUUUUCUCAGAUAGGGAAUAUAAAAAUGAAGAGAGAGGCAUCUGUUCCGGAUUAUCAUAUCUCGAGUACCUUCGUAGUGAUCGUAGAGUACGGAAUAUCGUAGACAAAGUAGGACGAUGAUUGAGAAAUAAUUAUUGUCGACGUAGUUGACGAUAAGAAAAUAUUUUCCGCCCCUUUUGCCUGAUUGUCAGGUGAUGGGGGAAAGAAAAUACCUGAAAAAUCAUGUAAUGCGUCUCAUCGAUGCGAGAAUUUGUGACGCUGGUCCUUCCCGAUGGCUCCCAUUCAGAUUUAGAUGAACAACCUAUUUUACCUUAUCAGACACCAUCACCACAACAACACCACAACUUUCCCGUUAGCUUCUUCUCCUUGGUUACCGCCCAUCGUCACUUUCUCGCAUCUUGCAAUAUUAUACAUCAAAUAAAACACAUGUGAAUCUCCGAUGACGCCCACAUGAAUAAAUUUGUUCUAUGAAA